UUGAAGAUACUAUCAUAUACCCAGUACCUAGGUAUUCACAUCGUUAUUAUGUCAAUAUAUCCUCGAAUAUCUUCAAAUCUUUCCAAAGUACAGGAUAUACCUUGAAUUGUAUUCAUAUCUGUGAGUUUCUAACCCAGUUAUGAAUUGGACAGAAGGCAAUCUUUCCCGCCAUUCUAGAGGCAGGCAGCGCAAUGAACUGCUCGCGAAGCAGAAGCAGCAUUUCGCAAAAGUUCGCAAUAGUCUAUCAAGGGGUGGUGUAAAGCAGAGUCCUGUGUCCAUAUCCUUCUUAGGAGCCCGACGGUCUGGAUCUUCUGGACGAAGGGAUGGUUCCAACGGUAUCUCUCACAUAUCCCCUUCAAGCCCUCUCUUAACAGAAAAGCGGAAGCGAAGUCAAAGUUCGCGAAAUGAUCUCAAGGAACAGACUUCAAUUCGCGAGAAACGAAGGAGAUUACUUGACAUGACCGAUUGGGUUGGGCUCAAUCUACAACAACCCACAGAUAUCGUUUUUCCCAGAAAGAUCCCAGCAUUAGAUGGUCAAAAAUGGGGCAAAGCAGAUCGCGUUCGGGCACAUAUGGCGCAAAAGCGUCAUGAAACGGCAGACUUGGCCCGGUUAGAAACAGCCCAAGAAGCUCGCAACCACCCCUUAAGAAUUCAGAUCGGAAGUCAGGAGAUUGAUCCUAGUGACAGCACAGCAUUCCAGCCAGUAACUAAAAGAUAUAGCCUCGCACCACAUCCCCUAUCGAGCUCAUCGCACAAAAGAUCAGACCAAAUCUCGAGCCCAGAGCCCAGUCACGCUCGCCACCUGUAUGUCGCCUCAGUCAAGAAGCAGGCAUCAGGCGUACCACGAAACGAACGGGGCGGGGUAGCGAGAGAACGACGGAGAAUGCCUCGGAAAGCGCCAGUUGAACCAAUUAGCAUGGAAGAGCCAACUCACGUCGUCUACUCCUCGUCGAUGAUUCACGAACCAGCACCUCGGCGAGCUAAUGAGUUUCCAGUUCUGAAAUGGUCACCCCCAGCGUCAGAGGAUUGGGGGAGCAUGAAGGUAGAUAUCGAGCGGCCAGCAAGGCCCUUUCCACCAUCCGGAGAGGCAGAUCGAGAACUUUGGAAGGGGUGGGCUGUUGACUUGUCUGAUGAUAUAUCGUUAAACGUGCCCACAACCCCUCGAAUUGCAGCAGAAUCGUCCAGUCCAAAAGCGGGCAGUUUGCCAUCAGAUUUACAAAUAAGAUAUCCGGUCUACGAUGCAUCCAGUGAGCUAGCAACGAGCACUUCCUGCCAGCUCCUUGAAUCAGCCAAGUGCGAGCAAGAGAACGUGCUAACUACAAUUGAUGACGGCACUCGCCCCUCACCCGGGUACAAACUGGCCCAUGAAGAUAGUCAAGUCCGGGUUACGGAUGAAAAUGAAAUUUGGAUGAAAUUCGCCUUCGAUGGCGAUAUCGAUGAGCUGGAAGCCGAUAUGUUUAGAGAGGCUGCGCACCAGGCUGCUGUGGAGCUACGCCCUUCCGAGACAUCGACGGAUGGGGUGAAUACGAUAAAAAUGACUACAACUUGUGAGACAGACCCCCUCAACUUCCUUGAUACGCGGCAAACCGAUGCUACUUUCUCCAGUACUUCCAGCGAAAGUCACAUUGCAACACAUGGAACGGUGGUUUCGGAACCGACAUCUAGUAACAUAGCCACAACAGGUUCUACAAACGUAGCUGAGCCAGAAUCUCGUUUCCGCUUCGCGCAGCCAAAACCAUUUGUCGGGAAACUCGCCGAUCCGAGCGUUCAUGUACAAGGGCCACCUCUCAGGCCGAAGGAUGCUAAGAAACGGAGAGGUAGAUCUAAGAAGAAAGCCGUGGACGGAAGAACGGAUAUUCGGCGUCUCCCGGAUUUCGACGGAGAUCCAAUCGAAGAGUUCGAAGAGUAGUAAUGUACCUAUUUCAAAGCACUCGUAGUCGCAAACAAUUACUCAGAAUCACUGUAUCAAGGACACACAUACCUACAUACAUAUUAUUAGGUAAUUGAUGUUAGGCAUUAAUUUAAUGCAGUAUAGCUCGACUAGAAUUUCAGUCAUUUGCUUAGGAGGCAAUUGUAAUAAUUAUGGGGGCCGGGAUACGC